AUGUUCUUGAAAGAAAAUGGAGAUGAAAGCAAAGCUAUGCAAGGUUCAAUCGCCAUUUCAUCCAAAACAAGAACACAAUCUGUCAGUCUAGCUCCGGCCAUGGCAGGCGAAGCACGUGCUGAUAUUCGCUCUGAUACCAACGACAUGCAGUGUAAAAAGUGUAAAAGUAAAGUCGUGAACUUUGUUAAAUGUGUUAACUGUGAUUCAUGUUUUCACGCUAGCUGUGCAAAAAACAUGAAAUGUCUCAUUAUUGAUAAAAAUUUCGUCAAAUGUUGUGAAAAACAAGACGAAAAAACGAACCUAGAGGACGAUGCAGAAAGUGCUUUCUUUGAUGCAAUAGAUAAUAUUAGCUGCAAUAACAAAAUUGACAUAGGCAUCUUCAAAUAUGUUAUCAAACAAAAAGAUUUGAUUAUCGCCGAGCUGAAUGAUAAAAUUAAAAUUUUGAAGGAACACUUGGCUGUUUCGAAUCAACAAAAACCUGCUUUGAUAAAAACGCCAAUACCUGAUAGUGAUAAGAUUCAAAACGAAGACAAAGUGCCAAUUAAAUAUUCGAAGCCAGUAGCGCCGAAGAAUACUAUGAAAGAAAAAGGAGCUAAUGGAAAGGAAAAGGAGAUAUCUUCCAAAGACGUGAAUAAUGCGAUUUUGGAGGCUGAAUCCAGAAGGAUAUGUGAUAAAUAUGUGAACAUUGAAUCUGGUCCAUCUACAAGUGAUCACGAGAAACCAAAUGAUGAAACCAUUCAUAAUAAGUGGAUUACAGUUGAGCACAAACGUCCAAAGAGGAAACCCAGAGAUAACAACAUAGUAGUUGGAAAUUUCUCUGGUAGAACUUCAGUUGUAGGCGUUGAGAAAUGCCUGAAUCUACACGUUUACAACCUAAAACCUGAUACCACGAAAGAAGAGCUACUUACUUUUUUAACUCCUAUAUUUCCAGGAAUAGAAUGCGAACUGUUACAAUCUAGGCAUCCUGAUCGUCCUGAAAAUCCUGAGAUGCCAGGAGAUGCUAUUCCGGAAGACUUCGAUUCUGACGAUUCUGUUAGAGAUCCUGAUUUUGAAAUUUCUGAUCAAGAUGUUGAUGAGGUGAUGGAACAUGAGAUUGUAUCAGAAGAUGAUGUCAUUCCUGACAGGAAGAACAAUGAUCGAAGUGGAGAUGUGAUUGAAUACACAAAGAAAGGUUCUAUCCGGAAGCGAAAGCGACUGGAAGGGUCAAAAUGUGCAAGAAAUGAGGAUAAAAUUGAAGCAUUCGGUGCAACCCUCCUGUGUGUGUAA